GAGAGAGAGAGAGAGAGAAGAGAGAGAGAGAUUUUGAAUGCAUCAAAAGAUUGAAUGCAUCAAAAGAUUCAUAGAGCGUAUCAGAACGACAAGGUUACAGUGAGGAAUGAAAAAUUAAGAUUUUUGUCUUCAAUCUGUCAAAAGCUUAUCAUCCCCUUGUUCAACUGACUAGCAGGUGUGACUGUAGGUGUGUCAGUGCGUUUGAAUGCACACCCAUCAUAACUACACUCAUCACAGCCAGCGCAACAAGUCUCCCAACGUGGACUCAGCACAAGAAACACUGUUGCAUCUCACAGUGGAGACAAAAUUCUCAGGAAUUCAGAGCCAAAGUGGACAAGGUGUCAGAACCAGAAUCUGAAAGAUGACCACUUCCAGCAGCCCUGUCUACUGCCCUCUCAUCCAGGCCAUGGUGAACGUAAGCAUGCCAUCCAACUCCUCGGCCAGGGUGGGGGCUUUGAGCCUGGUUACGGUGUGUCUCCACGGCCUGGUCUCCGCCUUCAGUAUCCUAGAGAACCUCCUCAUCCUGGGGGUGGUGGGCUUCCGCGUCCGCCGCACAGUCAUCAGUGUUUGGAUCCUCAACCUGGCUGCCUCGGACCUCCUUUCCACAGCCUCCCUCCCCUUCUUCACCAUCUUCCUGGCCCGUGGAGGCACUUGGACCCUGGGUACCACCUUCUGCAAGACCCACUCCUCCGUCUUCUUCCUCAACAUGUUCGCCAGCGCCUUCCUGCUGGCAGCCAUCUCCCUCGACCGCUGUCUGGUGGUGCUGAAGCCCGUCUGGGCCCAGAACCGGAGGAAUGUACGCCUGGUCGGAAGAGUGUGCGGGGUCAUCUGGGCCCUGGCAAUACUCUGUACACUACCGUACUAUCUGUUCCGGGAUACUAUUCGCCGACAUGACGGGCGGGUCAUGUGUUACUAUAACUACGCCCAGUACCUGGGAGUGAGGGAGUUUGACCUAAGAGAGCUGUGUGAGGCUCGCCAGGAUGCCCUGGCCUUCUCUAAGCUCCUCCUGGCCUUCAUACUUCCCCUGGUGGUCAUUGUGGGGAGCUACGUGUUGGUGAACAUUGGUAUCACGCGGCGUGGCCGCAGAAGGCGCUCUUUCCGCUUUGUGCGGCUAGUGGUAGCUGUGGUAGUGAGUUUUGUGGUCUGCUGGGCUCCGUACCACAUCUUCAGCGUACUGGAGGCUGCAGCCCAGUACCAACCCUCCCUCCGGGGCCUCGUGGCCCACGGCCUGCCCCCUGCCGCCAGUCUAGCCUUCCUCAACAGUGUGCUAAACCCCAUCCUCUAUGUGUUCAGCUGCCCGGAUUUGUGUGGUAAGAUCAGACAGUCUCUGGGAGCGGUGCUUGAGAGCGUGCUGGCGGAAGACCUAGGUGAGUUCUCACGGCAACGCAGCACCCGACACACCUCUAUCGGUGCUUCAUAG